AUGGUCCUGGAAUGGGUGGCGAGUAGCAUCAACUUUUUCCUCCCAUCAACAGCCGAAGCAGAGCUUCAACCACGCUACCUUAAUCUCCGGAAGUCGGUCUACCCUCACAAGACUGACUGCUCCACUACAUCAGUCAAUGGGAUCAGAAUGAGGGAGAGGUUUGUCGCGGAGCAUGGUCUUGGCUUCAAGCCUCAAAAAACCAUCACCGAGGUCCAGAUAGGAGCAUACUGUUAUGGUGCACUCAGCGCCAUAAAUACUCGGAAUAAUGAGGAGAUCCUUGUCUGCUAUUUUGUGGAUGAGGAACAAAGGUCAGGGAAGUUUUGGAUCACCAAAUUCGAGCUUGCAGGUAAACAAAGAAAGGGCCACAAAUCCUACAGCAAGAAAGUUGUGAGCCAUCUCAUGAGGAAUCUCACAAACGCUACGAAGGUUCUGUGCGAGGCUCUGAAUCGCUAUCCUCAGCUCUCGCCACCGAAGUACUCCAUCUUUGGUGGCCCACGGCAAGCAAACAUAUUCGCUUCUGUCGCAACACCCUUUCGGUCUUCGGCAGAAUCCACGUGCGUUGGAUUUCCUACUUCCCUGUGCCUCUCUGAACUCUCUCUCUUGAAAAAAUUCCGUUCAAUAUCGUUCACUCUUGCGGGAAUAUUCGACCAGAAGACUCCAUGUGCCACUUCAACCACCAAGGCUUCUAGACCGUGUGACACCGAAAGGUCAAUUGACAGCCAAGUCAAAAUUAUGGUAAAGCAUGCCUUGGAUUCGAGAAAACAACGGAUCAUCGACAUGGUUAUGGGAAAAGCCAUGGACAUGCUGGGCUUGGACCUCGAACAGUCGGAUUGCUCUAGCGAAGCGAGCUUCCUUACGGACUCCUCAUCGUCGACUUCGGACUCCAUAGAAGGCGAAUCGCAGUCCAACGGAAUGUCUUUUACUUCAGGAUCAGCGUCCUCUAGACAGCAAGGCCACAUCAAUUCAUCCUCUAAGAGGGGGAAGCGCAAGCGUGACGAGGAGGAAGAGGAAGGUUCCAAGCGCCCACGAUAUGAGGCCUCUAUACCUGGGUGUGACGGCGGUAAAAAGAAAUUCGCUUGCCCCUAUCGGAAAAGGCUUUCGCAGAACGACGAUUUGACCACGUCUUGUGUUCAUCCUUUCCGAGACGUGCACAGAGUCAAGGAGCACCUGUAUCGACAACACGCAUUGUCAUUGGUAAUACACUGCGCGCGUUGCUUCAAGCGGUUCAAGGACUCUGCCGAUUUGACAAAGCAUCUGCAGCCAGACACUGGCCAGAGCACAUGCAAUGGACCUCGGCCCCAGCCAUUGAUUUACUUUGGUCAAUCAACUUUGCUGGAGCUGAAGAGAAGAUCCGCCAAAGCGAUGUCAGAAGAAGAGAAAUGGAGAGCUGUAUGGACAAUAUUGUUCGGGGAUGCCUUAGAUGCUUCCGGGAGCACACCAUCGCCCUACAGUGAAGACACCAUGCACUCUCAAAGCUGGACAGGGGAUGAAUUCUCCCGGUACGAGCAUUUUCAACGCCAUACUCUACCUGAUCUGGUCCAACAACACAUAGCGAGAAGGCUCGACGAUGAGAACCCCGCAGAGCACAUCGCGGAGGCAAUACUCAGUAGUGUUCCAGAAAUCAUACGGGCAAUCCAAGAGGAACACAACUACGGAAGGGGCAAUCCUAAUUCCUCCGCCACAGCAGAGUCGGUGUCUCAAACGAACACGGCAGGACCAAGCACAAAUCGACACGGGAGCAUGUUCUUCGUACCUCCUGCAGUCACCUUCACUGCCGACAACACUGCAAUGGCAGAGAGCCAAGCCUGGCCGAUGGCUACACCAGUGGAAAACAGUGAUUCUGGCUACAGCACCGCUCGUGUCGAUCAUGUGUCCGGCCAACCCCAAGAUCUCCAUGCAGCGCUUUCGUCUAAUGACGCUCUUACGCACUCUCUGCCACGUCUUCAACAUCCCCAAAUUCCCGCACGGCCCAACAACUUUCCCGAAAGUACACAAUUGGACCACCCGGCGCAGACAUGUAAUGUCGAGCGGGAAACCCCUCGUUUCGAGAGUACGUCGGCCGGGCCGGAUGACAACAUAGCCUCCAACUCUCAAUCUUUCCGACCAUCGACUCAAAUACCGUCACCUUUGGGAUUUUCGUUUCCCGAUGAUUCCCAGCAAGGGCUCUAUGAUUAUGUCUUGGACUGCAACGGGGAUUUCAUCUUCUAA